CCGUUAACGGUUCCAGAUCGACGCCGACGGCCGAGUUACUAACGAUCGACGCGGUUUUCUACUUAUUUCCAAUCGAUCGAUUGGCGCACCAAGUGGAGUAAUAAAAUCGGAGUCUUUCGAAAUCGCUUGAUAUCGUCCAUAUACAAGAACCUAUAUAUAUACCUCUUCGAUAUGAGUGGCGUGCUGCGUCGCGGUUCCCUGAAUUUCGAUUGUGUUGGCGGGCCGCGGGACAAGGGCAGGGGCAGCCUGGAGGCGAACCUGUAUGGCGGAUAUCGCGAGGCAAGGCCCGGCCCAAAGACUCCGGAAAUCAGUGUCAUAGCAUUGGACUUUCGACGAUAUUCCGAAGACCUGAAGAAACCACCAUCAGCGGAGCAAAGUGAGCAGCCACCGAGCAGGGAUCUCAGUCAGGACGAGGACAGCGAUGUGAUAUCGAAUUUCCUGGGCCACUACACCCGCUGGAGUUUCCUUUGGACCCUGUUGCUCUGCCUGUUCCAGCUGCCCACCACUUUCCACCUGUUCAUGUUUGUCUUCCAGAUUGCUCCAAAAGACUUUUGGUGUGCCCGGCCGGAAAACCUGAUGCAGAUGAGCGUCUCUGAAUGGCGCAACAUUAGUCAGUCCUCCAAUGGCUGCCUACUCCUCGAUGUCGACUACACCCAGGUGACCUACGAGAACAACCAACUCAUCAACUGGCCCGAGAAUGCCACAAAUUUGGGCUACCGUCAGUGCUGGCACUUUGAGUUCUCCGACGAGGAUGGAUCGGCCAAGACCUUGGUGCAGGAAUUCGAUCUGGUUUGCGGACGCGAUAUCCUCAGCCUGGUGGAAACCUGCUUCCUGGUGGGCGCGGCAGCGGGAGCGGUUCUCAGCGGAUGGAUAUCGGAUCGCUUUGGCAGAAGGCACACGCUAAUGGCAUUCGUCACUAUUCAGAGCGUAUUUGGUGGAAUUUUGGCCUUCUCAACAUCGGUGGCCAUGUUCAUGUCGCUACGUGUUAUAAUUGGAUUCGCAUCAAUGACCGUGACUGUUGUGAGCUUCGUGCUGGUGGUGGAGCUGGUCUCCGGCAAGUGGCGCACCAUAAUCGGCAUUCUCAACAUUCUGCCCGUGGCCAUCUCUUAUGUCCUCUCCGCCGGACUGGCCUACCUCAUCCGCGACUGGCGGCACCUCCAGCUGGCCAUCUCCUGGCCGUGGCUAAUCAUGCUCAGCAUUUGGUUCUGGCUGCCGGAGUCUCCCCGCUGGCUUUUGGCCCAGGGCCGGCUGGACGAGCUGUGCGGGCUAAUUGAGCGAGCGGCCCGAAUGAAUGGCACCAGCGCCAGUUUGCCCAGCAACUAUCGCAAGACUCUCGAGGCGGCGGUACCGCGGGCGGUCCAAUCUCCACCAGAAGCAACGACCAGCGUGGAGUCGAAGGCAGUCGAAGCGGAUGCACCGGAUCCAAGUGCAAGUGGCCCUGUGAAUCCCCUGCUGGUGGUAUUCAGCGCCAAGUACUGGCGCACCACAUGCCUAACCCUGGUCAUCUGGCUGACACUGAUCAUUAUUUACUUUGGACUCACGUUGCACCUCAGCAAUUUGGGUGGCAAUAUCUACAUCAAUAGUGCCGUGGCUGGAACCGUGGAGGCCGUGUCCAUUUGCAUUAGCAUCCUGGUGGUCUUGAAAGUUGGUAUCCGACGAAGUCUCAUUGGUUACAUGUUGUUGCCGGGACUUUGCUGCUUAGCCACGAAUUUGGUGUCGAAUCAAACGGGUGUGAUUGCACUGGCCACCAUAGCCAAGUGUCUCAUUGGAGCCAACAACGCCAUCAUUCCCACCUACACAGCGAUGCAAUAUCCCACAAUAGUUCGAAACUUUGGCGUUGGCAUGGGCAACCUGGCAUCGGGCAUUGCCCUAAUCCUUGUUCCCUUUCUCUGGCAACUGGAGCACAUUGAUCCCCUGCUGCCCUUGAAUGUUAUGGGAGUUUGUGGCCUGAUUGGCGCCGUUGCCAUCAGCCUUAUGAAGGAUGUGGUCUAACCAAGAGCUGCAAUAGGAAUUUGAAUUUUAAGAGAAACCAGAGCUGAUUUUCCGUUUUGACAUGCCUAACUGUGAUAUUUAUUGGACCUUUGGGGACAUUGCGCACCCGCACUAAAACUUUUCUUCUCAUUCCACCAUUAACACAGAUUUUAUAUUGUUGAUAUAUGAUUUUAUUUAUACUUUCAUUGCAUUAAAAACGAAGUAUUUUUAUUAAAUGCUUAA